AUGCCAGCUUCUCUUCCGCUUCUUAAUGGAAGUAUCACACUAUCUGCCGCCCUGCACAAAGAUGAUGAUUAUCUUCUCCUCCUCUCGUACCCAAAGAAACGGCUAGACUUCUAUCUCUAUCUCUAUCAGCGACGCAGCACCAUUAAAGCGAUUGUAGCGCAUCACUUAGGUCUUCCUGAAGAUGACUGCAAAGUUGGAGAAGUCGAAGAGUGGAUCCACGGCAGUUUUAAUCUCUGCGUCCCCAUCUACAUUAAUGAUUCAAUCAAGUUUUGUGUUAGACGGGUGAUCAUCCGAUUUCCCUUGCCAUAUAAGUUGGGAGAGACCCAAUAUCCAGGGAACACGGAAGAAAAACUUCGUUGCGAGGUUGCUACCUAUAUUUGGAUCCGGAAUAACUGUCCUGCUAUUCCCAUUCCCAAGCUUUUUGGAUAUGCAUUUUCUGAGGGUCAAAGUUUCAUGGCCCUGGAACAUGCAUCUCUUUUGGCACGACUUCAAUGGUAUUUUCGAACGGCAACAUGUUGGGUGCUGGGAUCUUUGUCUCCAUCUCCCUAUGUCACUUGCAAAACUGGCAACCUCCUGAAGACUGGGUAUAUGAUUGUUGAGUAUGUGGACGAGGGUGACAUGCUAUCCAAGUCUUGGGAGGCACAUCGAUCCGACCCAUACCGGCGAACCAACCUAUUUCGAGACUUAUCUCGAAUUAUACUCUUGCUUUCACGGAUUCCUCUUCCUCACAUUGCUUCUUUGACAAUUGAUGAUGAUGGGGUGCUAAGCCUUACGAAUCGCCCCUUGAGCCUUGUACUCCAGAAAUUGGAGAAUGAGUGCAUUCCUACCGGUAUCGCGAGGAAUCUCACAUACAAUGCCACAGAUGCAUACUAUCUAGAUCUUCUAGCAUGCCAUGAUAAUGUUAUCCGAUACAAAGAGAAUGCGAUCCAUGACAAAGAUGAUGGCGAGGCACAGUUGUCAGCACUCACAAUGAUGAAGGCUUUACUUCCACAUUUUGCGGACCGCAAUUUUCGCUCUGGUCCAUUUAUUCUCACCCUUACUGAUCUCCAUCAAAGUAACAUAUUUGUUGACAAGGACUGGAACAUCACAAAAUUGAUUGACCUUGAGUGGGCAUGCUCUCUACCCAUUGAGAUGUUGCAUCCUCCUCACUGGUUAACUAGCCAGUGCAUUGAUACCCUGCAAGAUGAGCGGCUUGAUGAAUACAUCAAUGUGCAUAAGGAAUUUAUGAGUGUCUUCGAAUCUGAAGAAAGAGCUCUUGUCCAAGGAAAUACUCCAAUCACACAUACUAUGUGGAAAGGUUGGAAAAUUGGCAACUUCUGGUACUUUUCCGCAUUGAACUGGCCGAAAGGACUGUGCAAUCUUUUCUUUGAACAAAUUCAGCCGAUGUUUGCCCGAUGCAGUGACAAAGCCUGUACUAACUUUGAAGAGGUUGUUACAUCCUACUGGGCUGCCGAUGCCGCUAAGCUGAUAGAUUCGAAACUCAAGGAGAAGGAAUCAUAUGGUGAGAAGCUGCGUGAGCUUUUUGCAAACUCUGGAGAAUCAAGUGCUUCCGGUUUGGGAAGUGAAAAAGCGGGGACAACUGAUACAGCCACUGCGGCAGAUCCCGGGGACGGGCCUAUAGACGAGAUGAAAAUAGAUUCUCAUGCGAUAUCUGGCCCGGCCCAAGAAUGA